CUCCACAUUUUAAACUCCGACGCCGCCGCAAACCCUUCCUCCAUCCAUCCAUCCACACGCCGCAGCGCAAGCCCUCCCCCAAAUCUCUCCUCCCUCCGAAUCUCUGCGUCUCCAUCCAUCAGCAAGCAAGCGAUCCCGUCCCACCCAUGGCCCUCCGCGCGCUGGACAACACGCUGCCGGCCGCCGUGGCGGACCAGCGGCCCAAGAAGGCCGCCAAGCUGCUCCCCACGGCGCCCGCCGUCACCCGCUCCCCCACCGGCAGCGGCGGCAACGGCAAGAAGCAGCGCAACGACGAGAACUCUGCGCCGCAGACCAAGCCCGCGUCGCCCGUGGCGGCCGCGGCUGAGCCGGCCGUGGAGUACGUCCGGUCCGAGGACCUGCAGCCCGUGCCCGCGCCCAAGGCCCGCGCCGCCGGCCUCGUGGCGGGGCUCGACUCCAAGGACUGGGUCAAGGUCUGCGAGGCCCUCAACGACGCCCGCCGCCUCGCCAUCCACCACCCGGCCCUCCUCGCCCCCAUCCUGGAGAAGGUGGUGCUGGGGGUCGUGAAGACGAUGAAGAACCCGCGCAGCGCGGUGCUCAAGACCUCCGUGAUGGCCUGCACGGACGUCUUCGCGGCCUUCGGCAACCUCAUCUCCUCGGCCUCGGCCGACGCGUUCGACAAGCUGCUGCUGCAGCUGCUGCUCAAGGCGUCGCAGGACAAGCGGUUCGUGUGCGAGGAGGCCGAGAAGGCGAUGCGCGCCAUGGCCACAUCCAUGCCGCCCCUGCCCCUGUUGAAGAAGCUCAGGGCCUACGUCCACCACGCCAACCUCAGGGUCCGGGCCAAGGCCGCCGUUGCCAUGGCGCACUGCGCCGCCAGGAUGGACGUGGAGACGAUGAAGGAGUUCGGGCUGCCGGCGCUGCUGCAGGUGGCCGCGGAGCUGCUGAACGACCGGCUGCCGGAGGCGCGCGAGGCCGCCCGCAGCAUCGUCGGCUCCACGCACGCCGCCUUCUUCUUCAAGGAGGCUGCCGAAAAAGAGCAGGAGAAGAAGGAGAAUGAGCUAAAGGAGCAGGAGAAGGGGAAGAAGGAGCAAAAGGAGCAGGAGGAGGGGAAGAAGGAGAAGGAGGAAGAGGAGGAGAAGGAGAAGGAGAAGAAGGCAGAGCCGUCGGGCGUGGCGGCGGCGUGGGAGAGCCUGUGCGCGCUGAGCCUGUCGCCCAUCUCGGCGCAGGCCGUGGCCAAGAUCGUCUCGCAGUUGCAGGCACAAUAAUCAACUGUUCGAAUGAUCGUCGCGAUUCUGUCUGCGAUUCGUAGUGAUGCAUGCUAUCUCGCAUGAUCUGCCCAUGUUCCAGUAGGCUCAAAUUAUUGGUGUUUCCAGUCCCCCCGAUAAAAUUAUCUACUACUAUUACAGUUGAAGAAAA